GCCAGAAGCCAAGGGCAGGGCGAGGAGAACGUGGUACGAGCAGGAUGAACUAAAUUUGUAUUAAAAAAAAGAAAAAGCGGGGGCUGUCCAGAGGAAAAAAACUUCCGAGGAAAGCACUGAGCGCCCACGGCGACCGAUCGGCUGCACCCCUGCCCAGCCCUGCGCUUCCAACAGCUUCCAGGAUGAGUUUCCUUCUUUUUGCCGUCACAGCCCUCCACGUUCUUAUCCUCAUCUUACUCUUUGUAGCCACCUUGGAUAAGUCAUGGUGGGUUCUGCCUAAUAGUGACUCAGUGAACAUCUGGAAUGAAUGUCUGAUGGAUAAUCAGCACCAGAAUUGGACUUGUCACCCGGUGUCUGACAGUAAAUGGCUUCAUGGUGUCCAGGCAUUCAUGGUUUUAAGCCUUCUUUUCUCCAGUUUAGCCUUCAUUAUUUUCAUGUGGCAGCUUUACACGAUGAAGCGGGGAAGCCUGUUUUAUGCCACGGGAAUUUUCCAAAUAUUGACUGCUGCCUCAGUGUUCACAGCUGCCUUGAUCUACACUAUCCAUGUGGGCACGUUCCAGCAAAGCCGAAUGCCUGGUGGCUCUUAUGGUCAUUGCUUCGUGCUAGCCUGGCUUGCUUUUCCCUUGGCUCUUGUCAGUGGGAUUGUCUACAUCCACCUCCGGAAAAAAGAGUGACUUACAACAGAGGAACUUCUCCAUUUAUCUUGGAAAGAGACGUGUUCUCCUUUCAAUUUAGCUAUGCAUUCAUUCUUCGCAGUUUUUGAAAUCACUCAUGGCACAAAAUUCUAUGCAAUGGGUAACUUGAUCCGUGGGGGUUCUUGCAUUAUAACUACAUGAUUUUCAUUUGCAUACAGGUAGUCCUCGACCUAUGACCAGAAUUGAGCCCCAAAUCUCCGUUGCUAAGUAAGACCAUUUUUAAGUGAAUGGUGCCCCGUUUUAUCAACUUUUGGCUACAGCUGUUAAGGAAAUCACUGCAGUUGUUAAGUGAACCAUGUGGUCAUUAAGGAAAUCCGGCUUUCCUCAUUGGCUUAGUUUUCCAGAAGCUAGUUGUGUAGCGUCCAAAUUUUGAUCCCAUGGACAUGGGGAUGCUGCAGUGGUCAUUAAGUGCGACAAUUAUUUUUCAGUGCUGUUGUAACUUCAAACAUGUCAGUAAAGGAAUGGUUGUAAGUCAAGGACUACCUGUAUUUUUAUAUACCUCCCAUGAUAUGGGAAGUUAAAGUUGUGCCUCCAUACAGUGGGCAUUUCUUUAGUCUUUGAGAGGUUACCAUGAAUUAAAUACAUGAAUAUUUUGCUGGCAAAAUGAUAUGACAUCAUGCCAUCCUAUCGGCCUAUUUUCCUAGUAUCUGGAGAAAUUUUUGCUUCUUCUUUUUGUAAUUACGUACAUGUAGAUUGUAGCCACUUUUUACUUUUGCAAAUGAGGGAACAAUAUAUUCCUCCUGUAGUGUUUCUUUUAAAUGAAUAAUCUUCCUUUUUGAUAACCUGAAGUAUGGCAGACAAUUCCCCCACCAAUUUGUAUUUGAAAUAUACAUUUUAAUGGGAAAAACAUGGAAAUGCAUUGGUAGUAUAGAUAUAAAAUAUAUUUCUUUUUUUUUUUUUUGCAGAUGGAAGACAAAUUGAAAUACAGUAUAAAAGGAUUCUCGUGGGAGGUUUAAAAAACAUUUUAAAAUGGGGUUUAAAUAAGAAUCUGUUUUUAUAACAUGUUGGUUUUAUUGCAGAUUUUUCUGUCUUCACGUUUGUCUCUUGGGACCUAAAACACAGUGUGGAUAAAAUACCUAUUACAAUGCAGUUGAAAAAAUCACUGACCUUUGAAAAGUUUGAAGAACAGGUCACAGGAAUCUGUGCUUGUUGCUUGUUCUGAAAAAUUUUUCUUUUAAAAGGUGUCCUCUUAUUAUUUUAAAAAUAGGAGCAUUAUGGGAGAGGUUAAAAAAAGUCAAGAUGGCAGCCAAACUAUGCAACUGAUCCUGCCUUUUGUAUGCAACACAUAUAUAAAAUUAGUGAGCUUCAGUUAUGCACUUGCUAUAGUACAGCCAUUUCUACUUUUUUUUAACCUUUUUUCCCACAUAUUAGCUUCAUCCCUUUCUUUGGAAUGCUUCCCCUUCAGAAUAUUCUACUUAGGAAAAGUCGAUUGGGAAAAUAAUUACUUUUAAAUAGAUUUGUGGGAUAAAAAGUUUGGUCAGUGGGAUAUUGAUUAUUCUGCAUCUGAAAUCUUUGUUUCUAUUUCUUAACCUCCAGAUUUCUUUAUUGUAUAGGUAAUCCUCAUUUGGCAACUAAAACAGACUGACAAUUCAGUCAUUAAGCAAAACGGUCACUAAAUGAAAACACAACUUUCUUCAACUUCCCUUUGCUUUGAAGACCUGUAAAGGUCAUAAAUAUGAGAACCUAUGAAUGGUCACUAUAUGAGACGGUCACUAAACAAGGACUACCUUUAACUUUCAGUAACUUCAUUCAGUGAGUUACAACCAAUUGUAACUCCCUGUUCAGUAGAUCUACAUUGACAAUAGUAUUUGUUCCAGGGGUGGGAUGUUACCCGGUAGCUCUGAAGAGCAGCAGACACCGAACCAGUUCUGUGUUUGAUGCUGUUUGGCCCACCCACCCACCUGGGCUCUUACCUGU